AGGCGGAGUGUUCGUGUUUACAAACCCCUGCGAAUCGCCUCCUCAAGCCCCGGGAAGCAAGAAAGAGAGAAAAGAAAGAAGAAAGGAAAAAGAAAAUAGAUCCAGGGGAUAUAGACUAGACAAUAGUCUAAAACCCUAUAAAAGAAGAAAGAAGGAGAAGAAAACAAGAAAGAGGGAAUGAACGCGAGAGAGGACAGAGAACCCUUCGUACCUGGAUACCCAGGAUAAAUAAAUGAAAGAACCAGCUCAAGGGAAAAAAAAGGAAAAGUAUAAAAGCGAAGAGACUGACAGCAACAGCAACUUGCAACAAUUAAACAGCUAUGGAUUAACUUCAUAUGCUUCUGUAGACUGCAUAUGAGUUUGUUGUUGAUGGUGAUUCCAGGUGAUUUUUCCACAAAAGCAAAGCCUAAAUGAGAUGAUGGAAGAGGAAGAAAAGGGAAAGAAUGAACACACACAACCCUUCACUGCCAGAGGCUUCUAUGGCAGGGCUCAGUCACAGGACCAAGUGCUGCUGCGCGUUGCCAAGACCAGAAAACACCUCAAACAGAAACCUCUAGUAAGCGAGUACAGACCUGGGAUUUUGGGUCCACCUGCCACCUGGAAGACCUUCCGUCGCCAAGCGGAUGCCAUCAAGUUUGCGCAGGUGCAGGGGAAUGGCCUCAUGGUGUUCUCCUUUGAGGGGGAAGCGCUUGGCCAGGGGGGCAAGAGGAACUUUAUGGUGACGCACCCGAAGAUGAUGUGGAUCCACCAGUGCGAGCGCAGCCCCACUCAAAGGUGUACUUAUGAAGUCAUCCAGGAGAACUCUGUGUGUAAGCUUUACUUCGACCUUGAGUUCAUGUACUUGCACAAUCCUGAGAAUGAUGGUGUUCAGAUGACCAAUACAUUUAUUAAGAUUGUAUGCCACUUUCUCCAGAAGGAGUUUGGGGUAUGCUGUAGCCGCAGUGAUAUUAUUGACUUGACUAGCUAUUCCUUUGCUAAAUUUAGCCGUCACUUGAUAUUUAACAUUCCUGGGGUGGCCUUUGCCAAUAAUAUCCAUGUUGGAAAUUUUGUUAUCAUGAUUUGCAAUCAGAUAAGAACCUGGGCAAGGGAAGGUAUGAAAGAAAUGCCUGGCUUUACAUUCAGUGAUGUGGAAGCCCUAUUUGUAACAGAUACCAAGGGAAAUAAAGUACUAUUUUGCGACGAAGGAGUGUACACAAAGAACAGGAAUUUCAGAAUUCUACGUUCAACAAAAUUAGGAAAAAACACACCUUUGGUGGUAGCUCAAGAGAACCAGUAUGUGGCACAGACAAAAAUGGGAGGAUCUGUAGAGGAAAUGCUCUUCCUGGAUUCUCUGGUGACAACAGUCAGCGAGAGCCAAAAAAUCUUGACUUUUGGAGACGAUGGCACAAGAAGACCGAAGUGCACGCAGAAGGAGAGAGAAGGUGCGGGCCCAGGGAUAGAGGGGUUCAGCCACUCUCCGUACCCAGAGAUUGACAGGCACAUCCAGAGCAUCCUUGGUCAUGGUUACAUCCGCUGCUGGUUUUAUUUCCCACAAAGUGAAUUGCUGGUUUAUGAAAUAGCCAAUAAUAGGUUCUGCCACAACAUUGGUAGAGAGCACAAGAGCAAUGGCGUAAUGUACGUUGCAAACCUGAAGCUAGCUGUUUAUUAUCAGAAAUGUCAUGACUCAGACUGUCAGGACUACCGAUCAAACCCCAUUCCACUUCCUGAUUGGACUGUAUUCUGGAAGAAAAUGGGAGAAGAAGAGGUGUUGGAGUGGAUCCAAGACUCUCAGAACGGUGCAAAUGACAUUUGGGACGACAACGAUGAUGACGACAACCUUCUAACCAUGGCAGCCACACAGAUUGAGAACGAGCAUAACAACAAUAAUAAUAUGGAUGCGGCAGCUAUGGAGUUUGAGAAUGAGGAUGAUGAUAAUCUUUUACUCAUGGCAGCUGCGCAGGUUGAGAAUGAGUAUCUGUCAGACAGCAAGUUGACUAAUACUGUAAAAAAGUUUGAAAUGUGGGAUAAAAUUGACGAGAUGUCUCUAUCUUCACUGAGCAGGCAGAGUUCUCAGAAAAGCAACCCUUGGGACAAGCUGUCCCUCGUGUCAUCUCCAAACAGUUCCUUUUAUGACGAGUCUUCACAGAAAUCCCUUGACGACUGCAGAACAAACCUUUGUCUGGAAACUGUCAUUGCAGACCAGAAAGUGCGGCAGAACCCAAACAUGUAUGACUUUGAAUCGGACGAAGAGUUUGCAAGUGCCGCGGCCAAAGUUGAAGAGGAGCUUCAAAAGCAAGCAGGGGAUGAAGUGGAAUUCAAUAGCUGUGGGCUUGAUGAUGAGGACUUUAUGCUGCCAUAAAUUUGAAUAUGGAAAAUUCUGUUUUGCAUGAUGUAUAUUAUAGAUUUAUUUUCAGUAAGUAAGGAAAUUAAUAACAGUUUUAGAGUACCUUUACUGUUCUGGUACAAAGUUAAUAAAGUUAUAUAUUGUGAACAAAGGUUUUAAGAAUAUAUAUUUAUUUUGUUAGUUAUUACUGGUCUGUCAUGUAUAAAUAUAAAAAAGCCAAGGGAAAUUAAUACAAAAUGCUUUACACAUUUUACAGUGAUAAUGAUGGACCUGUAUUAUAGUAAACGUCGCAUGAGCUGGCUUUGAUAAGGGAUUGUGUAUACAAGAGAAUAAUAUAUAAAUUUGACAGAGCUCAUAUCUAUUAAUGGUGCUUGCUUCAUAAACGUUAAUCUUUCCUAUGUUUUGUUCGUAACAUGAAAGAGUUUGAUUGUGUUACAAAUUAUUUUGUAGUUUAAAACUCAUUUGCUUUCAGUUUUUUAGUUAAAUUAUUAUGGAAUUUCUUUCAUUUUGGUUUACAUAAUUUACCAUAUAAGAUCUAAAGUAAUCUGAUAUAGAUAAAAAUGACUCGGUGAUAUAGCCAAAAAAUUGAUUUGCAAAUCACUUUAAAAUUAGAAAAGAAAAGGACUAAUAGAUGUCAUCUACCCUUAACAAUAUAAUUUAGGACACUUCUUCUGCAAAGAAGACCAUCAGGACACUAAGACAAUACAUGCAGGCAUUCAAAGGUGUUCUCAGAUCAAGUGCCUGAAUAUGCAAGUCUAAACUUUCAUCUGUAACAAUCAUUGCUAUAGUCACAUUGAUGCACUUUAUCUUAUGAUAGUAGUGUAUUAACAUGAAUAUAUUAGUGUUUAUAUACAGAUGAGUUUAAUGUAACAAACCAUUUUUUCGAUGCACGUUUGGACAGUUGGUUUAAGAAUACUUUAGGAUGCAGAUACUCUCAUUUAGGUCCACUUGAAUUCUAGCAAAUGGUCAUAUAGUGUUUAGUCAAAUGUCAUGUACUUUUGUUAUUAUUUUUAGUAUUGGAUAGAAGCACAUAUUUCAGGUUCUAUUACUUAUGCAGUGAUUAUGUAACAAGAACAGUCCAGUGGUCAUGUAAAGUUUUAGAAGUCACUCCGGUAUAAAAAAUGUGAAUUAUCCAUUUAUAGUAUUGAAUAUAGAUAUUUAUAUGGGGAAAACAGUAUUAAAAGUUGUAAAAUUUCCUUUUUUUUAAAUCAAACUUCAUGUUUAGAUAUGUUCAUUUGUUAUGCUAUAUAUCAAAUAUGUGAUAUUGGUAACUAUUAAAAGCUUU